UAAAACUCUACUGAAGAGGCAGACAGACAGGGAGUCUAUGACGGCGGGGUUUCAACCUGAUGGCAUCGGGAAAUAUUUGACCCCAAAAGAAGUGUUUUGUUUUAAAUGGGGGGAAAAAUCAGGUGGAUGUUAUGUUUUCCAUCUCUUGGGCAACUGUCAUUUUAAGCUGAAGUCUCAACACGAUGCUCCCUCAUUAGUUCCGAAUGAAAGUUCAUUACCUAGACAGUAUGAAUAUUUUAUUGCUUUAUAUCCCUUUUUCGGAAAUGAAACGCCUUUGAUCUUUUUCUCGGGUUGUAAAAAGAAUUGCCUGUCAUUAAAGAAAAACCUGUCGUCCCAUCUGCCUUUACAGUCUGUAUUGCUUUUCCGUUUCUUUCUUUUUAUCAUUUCCUUUAAAAAAAAACAAAAAUACAAAAAACAGCAACCCUUGAAAGACCUAGAGAAAUUCAGAGCAAAAACGUGCCGAAAUAUUUCUUCUCUGUGAAGCUAGGAUGAUAAUGACGCGCACAAGUCCGAGGGAGAAUGAAAUAAUAACAGGUUUUCUUUCAAACAAGGACUGUUUGGGUCAUCUGAUGUUGGGGUUUUUUUGUUGGUGGUGGUGUGUUAAAAGGAUAUUAUCGAGGACUGAUGGUCUUGGAAGGAAAUGCUAACCUAAUGUUCAAAGUGAGAACGAAUAGGUACUGUGUUAUUGAUGUAGUCAGAUAAUUGCAAGUGGGUGUGUUUAAUUAUUGGUGUGUCCUCUGGAAAGCGAAACUUUUAACCAUAUUUAUCUAUAGAUUAAUAUCGUUAUUAUUACUGUGAAAUAGAAGAUCUCUGACCAAGGAAGAUGCAUCUGUCUUCUAUAUGUACCCUGUAGAUCCGAAUUUGUGUAAAGGAAGUUGCGUCACAAAUUCGUAUCUAGGGGAAUAUGUAGUUGACACAAACACUACAGGUCACUAUCCCAGAAGGAAAACACCAAAUUAAAUAAAAGGAUGAAAAGAAGCCUUGGCCAGAAAAAAAAAUCGUUUUAUAACCGAAACAAAAAAGAAAUAGUUUCUCAUUUACCUAAACUCCCAACUCUAAGCCUCCCUCGAGAAACUUUAUCAUCUCUACGUAAUCAAAACCUGAGCGGCUGUGGGUGUCAGAAAUAUUACGUCACCGAAAUUUGGGAGGGGGGGGCGACGACUCUGUUGCUUUAAUCUGUAUAUAAUUGCAAAAAUGACACUAGGUAUAAAUAAACGGAGCCAAUAGUGCCCUGUGUCCUGACGUUUCUGGAGAGACGAUUUCGCGCUUCAGGCUGACAUAGCCUUGGGAGCGCCUGUUUAAAAACCGGGCUCAUUACCAUAGGAGAGAGCGGAGCUGCUGGUGGACCGGGUUAUGUUAUAUUUAAUUGUUGGUGAAGUCCUUUAUUCCGGGUUGCAACGACGGGCUGCCUCCCAGCCGGGGCCGGGCAGCAGCCAAUCUAGCACGGAAGCUAAAUGUGAUUUAGGACGCGAGGUACCCCGAAUUAGUUGAUGAAUUUUCUAUCGAUCCCAAACACGCCCUAUUUAUCUCUGCCACUGCCCCCACUCCAACGCUUCAGAUCACCUACAUUAAGAACGAAAUUUAAACAGCAGCCAGAGGGAUCUCAAUGCAUCAUCUGCCAGUGCAUUCAUUUUGAUCUGGGGCUGAGCCUCAAAUUACUGAAAAUAAUCUCUCUCUCUCCCUCUUUCUUUCUCUCUUUCUUGCACACCCCACUAAGCCAAGUCACACCUACUGAAGCGAGUGGGUUGUGCGGUUUCUAAAAGUGGUGAGGUUGUGGGGCUUAGAUUUUUUUUUGUUUGGGGGGGUGGGUUGCUGCUGAUCUGGGUAAGUAGCUCGGUGCCAAGGCACAACAUUUCACCCGGUCUGCAGAUAUGUAGCUAUCGGUGGUUAGCAAAAUAAAUAAAUAAAUAAAUAAAUAAAUAAAAAGAAGAAGAAGGAAAGAAAGCAAGGACCCCAAACCCUCCUCUCUGAAGAUCCUACCGGAGUAAGAAAGCCCCAGCCGGAGCAUAUUUCCUUAUCCGGGAAACGCAUGGAUCCUCGCUAUUGGCCAUUGGUGUCACAUGGACUCCUAACUUUGUUCACUUGACAGUAAGUAGGAGGGUUUUACGAAACAGGAAAACGAGUAAAGGGGGACAGGAAUAAAUUUUAGUAUAUUUUUUUUUCGGGUGUGCAAUUCCAAGAAAUUAAUGGCCAUGAGUUCCUUUCUGAUCAACUCCAACUAUGUGGAUCCCAAGUUCCCACCCUGCGAAGAAUAUUCUCAGAACGAUUACCUUCCCAAUCACUCUCCGGAAUAUUACAGCAGCCAGAGGCGAGAGACCACUUUCCAACAUGAGGCGAUGUACCAGCAGCGGUCAGCCUGCAACGAACAGCCCUACUCAUCUUGUCAGGGCUCCGGCCACCAACCAGCGGUGCUAUCCCCCAGGGGUCAUGUUCAUCCUCCUGCCGGACUCCAGAGCCAUCUCUCAGAGCCAAACCAUCACUGUGAGUCGGUCACUCCCAGCCCACCACCCUCCUGUAGUCAAAACUCUAUGAACCAAAGCCCUUCUAAUUCCUCUUGCAAAGAGCCAGUAGUUUAUCCCUGGAUGAAAAAAGUCCAUGUAAGCACGGUAAACCCCAAUUACACAGGAGGGGAACCGAAGCGUUCGCGGACAGCCUACACCAGGCAGCAAGUCCUGGAGCUGGAGAAGGAAUUCCACUAUAAUCGCUAUCUCACCCGGAGGCGCAGAGUGGAGAUCGCCCAUUCCCUGUGCCUGUCCGAGCGCCAGAUCAAAAUAUGGUUCCAGAACAGGAGGAUGAAAUGGAAAAAAGAUCACAAGUUACCAAAUACCAAGAUCAGGUCUAAUUCUUCCAACUCCUCUGCAAGCCUGCAGAUCCAAGGAGGUUCUCAGAACCGAUCCAGUGGACCAGCCACCAGCCUAUAACUGUUCCGCGUGUGUGUGUGAGAGAGAGGGAGAGAGCGAGCGAGCGUGGACGUGUGUGUUUUGUGUGUGUGCGUGUUGUGUGUGUAGGGGGACACAUGAUAAUUUUUAUGUUCCAAGCGGGGGAAGCAGGAGGGUGCUCUUUAUUUAUAGCAAAAGGAGGGAAAACGGAGCUGCAACAAAGCCGAACUGCGGUGCGGUGCCUCUCUUCCAUUAAAAGGAGGCUGUAGAUAGUAGUUUUCAGAUUUGGCUAAGAUGGAUCCCUGUUUCAUCUUUAAUCACGCCAAACUCUGCCCCAUUUGUCAUGUUUACUCUCCCGUACAAAGGAUGGACCUUAUGUCUGCUAUUACCUCGACAACCAGGGUUCACUUUAAUAAAUGAGGCUCCGUUUCUUCAAGACGAGCUGGAUUUUCUUUUUUUGCUUUCUUCCUUUCUCUCUCUCUCUCUUUCUCUUUUCAUUCUCCUGCCUACCAGCCACAACACAAAAGUUUAUAUUCAAACAUCCCCUCAAAAAAGCACAGCAGUUGUGAGAGCUGUGGCAUGGCCCUACACAGCAAAAACAAAGCAAAGCAAAGCAAAGCAGCAGCAACAACAAACCAACAAAAAUAUUAAUAAUGAAAACAGCCUUCAGUUACUCCAUGCCGUGGGACCACUCUGGAGACUGAAGAGAUGUUGGGUGCUGUAUUAAUCAGGGUUAUACCCAUAGAGGGAAAGGCAUUGGCACCAUUUUAAGCACAACAAAUACCGAGUGAAAUUAGUUGAGGGAGGGGAGACUAACCGAAUGGACCACCCCCCUCCCCGCAUUUUUUAGUCCAGCAGGUUAAUUACCUCACUUGUAAAUCUUGGAGGGGUAUGUAUUUGGGUUAGAAACGUGACGAUAAAAUAAUGCCACUUGAAUUUAAAUUCGCAGCAAAAGGGUGGGGAUGCUUUGCUGCUACGGAUCAGUCCAUUUUUGUAGUGAACAUAUGCUUGAAAGGAUGGAGGGGAGAAAAAAGAGAAGGGAGCAUUCACUUCCCACCGAAUAUUUUUUUCUCUGGUCUAUGCCUGACAUUCCGAACUGGUGCGAUUGCAGAGGACUUUUGAGAUCUUUAGUAUCUCCUUCCAGUUUUCCUUUGAAUUACCUCCUAUUGUUCUUUGUGAUCUCCAUGCUGACUUGUAAAUAGCAGAACAAAAGGCAAAUAGAAAUAAAUUUUGCAUUGUGAAUAUGA